CUUUUCCUCGCACCCAUCACGCGGCGCCGACCAUGGCGUCGCCGUCCAUCCCCGCGGCUCUUCGUCACCCGCGCCUCCCCGCCGGUGGAGGAUUCCUCUUCCAUUCGUCCGGGGACCCAACUCCGCGUUCCGCGCUCCCGUCCAGGCAAAGCUUUCUUUCUCACAAACUGUUCUUUUCUUGUCGCCUCGUCUAGUUUUCUCGCGAGCUUGCGCGACAAUCUUUCUGUGGCGAUAUAGUAUGUGUCGGUCGAUCCAUGUGAUAGAUUUUUUAUUGCGUUGUUCCAUCUGCUCAUACUCGAAUCGAUUGGUGCAACGAAUGCUCUUGUUUUCCACACGAGAAACAAGGCUUGCCAAUAAAUCAGAUGUCAGGAGAUGUUCCUGUGAGAAGGUGCCAGACAUGUUCUGGUCCUGUUUUGGCUGCAAGCAGUCGUGGUUUGGGCAAUGUGGACAAUCUGAAUGAGAGUUCAAGCUUGUCUAGGAGCAGGGAUUUCUGCAGUCAGAUUGAUGACGACCGUGAUGUACUCAUAGAAUGUAGGGAUGUUCAUAAGUCAUUUGGAGAUAAGCAUGUACUGAGAGGUGUCAGCUUCAAGAUUAGACAUGGUGAAGCUGUUGGGAUAAUUGGACCUUCAGGAACUGGCAAGUCAACUAUUUUGAAGGUUAUGGCUGGGCUGCUAGCUCCAGACAAGGGAGAUGUUAUCAUUUGUGGAAGGAAAAGACAUGGUUUAGUUAGUGAUGAAGAUAUAUCGGGGCUCCGCAUUGGUUUGGUUUUUCAAAGUGCAGCACUUUUUGAUUCUCUCACUGUUCGUGAAAAUGUUGGGUUCCUUUUAUAUGAAAAUUCCAGCUUACCCGAGGACCGCAUUGGUAAAUUAGUAACAGAAACUUUGGCUGCGGUAGGACUAAAGGGUGUUGAAGAUCGUAUGCCAUCUGAGUUGUCUGGUGGCAUGAAAAAGCGUGUUGCUCUAGCUCGUUCAAUAAUAUUUGACGAUACAAAGGAGGUAAUCGAGCCAGAGGUUCUUUUAUAUGAUGAACCAACAGCUGGGCUUGACCCGAUUGCAUCAACUGUCGUGGAAGACCUUAUACGCUCUGUGCAUAUGAUAGGGCAGGAUGCACUUGGUAAGGCAGGAAAAAUAGCUUCUUAUGCGGUUGUCACUCAUCAGCAUAGCACAAUAAGAAGAGCUGUCAAUAGGUUGUUGUUUCUCCAUGAUGGGAAGAUAGUUUGGGAAGGAAUGACACAUGAGUUCACAACGUCAACUAAUCCAUUUGUUCAACAGUUUGCAUCUGGUAGCUUGGAUGGGCCCAUACAAUAUUUCUAAGAUUCACGAAGUAGUGAGUCGGACCUUAGGUAUUCUUGUACACCCUCUCUCUCAGAUUAGCCCAGCAGUAUCUGGGGCAUCAAGAAUCAGAAAUGCGCAUACCAGCGGUGGUCAGGAGAUGUAAACACAUUCGGCUUACCAUUGUUCCUUUGAGCUUGAUUGUUAUCUGCAACAACAUCAGUCCGAUACGGCAUCCUCUAUUUGAGCAUAGCAGCAACACCAGCUUGUGAAAUAAGUGCUAAUUUCUACUUCCUUCUUAGGGAAGCUGUGCGAUCAAGAGAAAAGAACAUUUUAUCAAAACCUUUUUUUAAAUAGUGAGAUGAUGUAAAUAUAACUGUCACUUAUAGCAGCAUCGAUCCUGCACUAUUAUCAUAUUAUUGUUUGGAUAUGUUAGUCUGAA